AUGGAUGCUGAGAAGCCCAUGGCAGGUGACAAUCAGACGCAGGUGACGGAGUUCGUCUUCCUCGGUUUCUCUGGUAUCCCAAGGGGCCACGCCUUCCUCUUUGUGGUGUUCCUAGCAAUCUAUUUGCUUACCAUAACUGGGAAUAUCAUGAUAGUCGCUCUAAUCCAGUUGGAUUCCCGCCUGCACAGCCCCAUGUACUUUUUCCUCACUCAUUUAUCCUGUUUGGAUGUUUGCUAUUCUUCUGUCACUGUCCCCAAGAUCAUGGCAAACUUACUGCACCAGAAACCAACCAUUUCAUAUAACCAGUGCAUGGCGCAGAUGUUCUUCUUGAUGUCAUUUGCAGGAUCGGAAUGUGCCCUGCUGGCCAUCAUGGCCUACGACCGCUAUGCCGCCAUUUGCCAACCACUGCGCUACAGUAAUCUCAUGAGUCCCCAGGUCCGUGUCCCUCUGGCUGUUUUUACAUGGCUCUGGGGCUUCCUGGACUCAGCCCUUCACACUGCUCUAGCCACCAAUCUGUCAUUCUGUGGGGCCAAUCAGCUUGACCACAUAUUCUGUGAUGUCCCACCACUCCUGAAAAUCGCCUGCAGUGACACCUACGUCAAUGAGAUGACCCUUCAUAUAGCCAAUAUCUUUAUGGGCUUGAGUCCAUUCCUACUUGUCGUUAUCUCGUACGUCUACAUCCUGUCCACUAUCUUGCGAAUUCGCUCCAACACUGGCCGGCGCAAGGCCUUUUCCACCUGUGCUUCACACAUGGUUGUGGUAAUAAUCUACUAUGGGAUGGCAGAUGUGAACUACAACCGCCCCAGCACUGGCUACUCCUUGGAGAUCGACACCCUGAUCUCCACGCUGUAUUGCAUCAUCACCCCCAUGCUGAACCCCCUCAUCUACAGCCUCCGCAACAAGGAGGUGAAGGGAGCCCUGCGGAAAGUGCUGGGGCUUCAAGAGAAGGACUCCACUAUCCCAAGCAAGGAAUGA